AGUUUGUAAUUCCACCUCAACUAGCUAGCUUAGCGUUAUUUCAUUUACUCCCCAAAAAGAACUCCUUAAACAAUAGAAUUAAAAUAGGUUUAAGAAUAGAAGGUGGUUAAAACUCAUCGCACAAUUAAGAAAAAAUUAUACUCAGGAUUAAAUCAGUGAUUUAAAGUAGAUUAUUGCAGAAAAACAAAGAAAAGAAGAAGACAAAGUGUUUUGAAGUCCUAAUUUAAUAAUAAUGGGUUGUUUUGAAAGCAAAACGACGCGAACAGAGCCGACAGCAGUGAGAGGAUGUACAGAUGUCUGUUGGCUAAUUAUCUUCAUUUUGUUUUGGGUUGUAUUGAUCUUCAUUGCGACUUUUGCCUUCAUUUAUGGAAAUCCUACGAGAAUUAUUAAUGGAUAUGAUUCCUUUGGAAAUACUUGUGGUGUCGAAAGCAACGAGAAAUUUGCCGAUCUUAAUUAUCCGAAAGCUUCUGGAAUUAGUACAAUUGACAAGCCUUACGUAUUUUUUUUCAAUUUAGGCAAGGACAUAAAGAAAUCCCUUAAAUUGUGUGUCAAAGAAUGUCCAAAACAGCAGAUAAACUCUUCGAGUGAACUUCUUGCUUAUUUCAAUCGAAAUGGAACUCAAUAUUGUCGAUAUGAUUUUGACAUGACAAAAUUGGGAUCAGUUAAAAGCUCGAAUGAUGAAGCAGUUUUUCACGUCAACGGACCAUGUCCACAAUUUCCGAUUUAUCAAUCAGAACCAGUUUUCCAUAGAUGUAUUCCAACAGGUGAUCAUAGCCCUGUUAAAGAAGCUCAACAACUUUAUAGCGUUGUUAGUUCCUGGGAUUUUGUAGAACAAACAGCUCGUGAUUUAUAUAAAUCGUGGCACAUCAUUGCUCUCAUUUGUGGACUUGCCUUGAUAUUUUCAAUCAUUCUGAUUGGAUUACUUCAUUAUCUGACUCAAAUCAUUUCAUGGUUGAUUUGCAUAUUUGUUGGAGUGGCCAGCAUUGGAAUUACUGUGCUUUUAUGGUGGACUUAUUAUGAUAUUAAGAAGAAUAAGGAAAAUGCUGAAAUUGCUAAACUUUCACAAUAUUUGCAAAAUGAAACUGCUGUCUAUAUUUUUGCCAUAGUAGCUACCAUUUGCAUGAUCAUCUUACUCGUUGUCAUUUACUUGAUGUCAUCUAAAUUCUCUGGAUUAGCAGCUUUAUUCGAAGAAGCAGGAAAAUGCAUGUAUUCUAUUCCUCAAAUUUUUGGACCUCCUUUGCUUGCAUUUAUAGCUCUUAUGAUAUUUUUCGCAUUUUGGAUAUCUGUGGUUGUAUGUUUGGCUACGGCAACUAUUCCAGGAGUUAAGCCAUUCAUAGAUGUUACUAAUCCACAAGAAAAUAUCCCAACAAAUAUUGACAAUCCCAAAAAUGGAGCUGAAUUGCAAAAAACCUUUAAACUCGUUGAAUAUCAUGAAACUGAUUGGACUAAGUAUGGACUCUACAUCUACCUUGUUGCAUUAAUUUGGGUUUCUGAAUUUAUUUUUGCUGCAUCACAAUUAUGUCUCGCUGGUGCUGUUGCAUUAUGGUAUUUUAAGAAGCCAACAGACUCUCCAGUCUGUGACUCAAUGGGAAAAUUAAUCAAAUAUCAUCUUGGAUCUGUUGUAAAAGGAAGCUUCUUGAUCACACUUUUUAAAAUCCCAAGAUUGAUUCUUUCUUACUUAUAUGCUAAAUUUAAGACAGCAGCAGGAAAAGGAAAUGGAUUAGCUGAUUGCAUGCUCAAGUGUUGUAUUUGCUGUUUUUGGUGUUUGGAGAAAUUUAUUCGCUACUUGAAUCACAAUGCUUAUACUGUUAUUGCCAUAGAAAGCAUCAACUUCUGUCCAGCUGCCGGAGUUGCAUGGAAAGCUAUUUGGACUCACGUGGUUAGCGUCGCUACUAUCAAUGGAAUUGGUGAUUUUGUUCUCUUCCUUGGAAAAUUGGCUGUUGCUGGAGUCUGUGGAUUUAUUGCUUUAUUAAUGUUGAAAAAAAAUGAAGAAAUUCAGUUCUACAUGAUUCCUGUCUUCAUAAUUGCAGUUUUUGCCUUCUUUGUAGCUCAUGUCAUAUUAUCACUCUAUGAAAUUGUCGUUGAUACAUUGUUCCUCUGUGUCUAUGAAGAUCGUCAUAUUAACGGACCUAAUGGACGUUGGAAGGACUCAAACUUGGCAAAUCUCUUGGGUGAAGAAAAGGCUGUUGCAGUUGAAGGACAAAUGCAGGAAGUUGAAUUGCAGCCCAUCACUAAACAGCCUUUCGGAAGCUAUCGUAAUGAUCAACCAACAAUCGAGCCAGCAUAAAUUAUUCAUUUAUUAAAUUUUGACAGUUCACAUCACUCAGCUACCAAAACAAACAUUAUCAUAGCUUUUAAUUUAAUUAUAUUUGUCAGCAAUUUUAGGAGAAUUGUGAGGAAUUUGCUGAUUAUUCAUAUAGUUUUUAAGGCUUAAUCAUUUUCAAAAUCUCGUCUUCUUUUCUUUUUAAUUGGAUUCAUAAGAUUAAAAGUAAAUGUGUUUAGCUGUUGCUUAAUUCUCGAGCAUUUCGUACUUUUGUCAUCGUCCAAUAAAAUUAAAAACAGGCACAUUAAUCAUAAAGUGAUGUUUGCGCUCUUACUUAAUAAAACAAAAAUUUCUCGAAGAAAACAAAAAGUAUAACAUGAUAAUCGAUGCUUUACAAAUAAAACAUGUUCAAUGGCCUUAAUCAUUAGUGUAACGAGCAUAAAUAUGCAUGUUAGAACUUUAUUGAUGUAAAAGUUUAUGAUAUAUUUCUACCUUCCAAGUUGAUUUUUAACAGAUAUGGAAUUACAAAAGUGGUUGAAAAAACAUUUUUAUGUUAUAUUCGCUAUGUAUUAAUAUUAAUAAAAAUUUAAUCCUUAU